AUGAUCUCUACCAAGGAAGAUUUCGCCUCUGCGAUUGAAGCCGUCUUCACCUGCCCCGAAGCGGAGCUCGAAUCUAAAAUCCUCAACAUAUACACCAAAGAAUCCGUCAUCACCGUGAACGAGAAGCGGAUGACGUGGGAAGACUUCUUCCCUUAUUUCAAGGGCAUCAACAACUCGAUGGCGGCUGUGCAGAUCAAAUCAGAUAAACUCGUGCAGAAUGGCAACAUGUUUGCGGAGAGGCACACGGCUUAUGGGACGGGCAAGGACGGCACAAAGACGCAAGCGAGGGCAAUCUGCAUGUUUGAGGUGAAUGAAGAUAAGAAGGUGAUCUGGCUGGAGGAGGUUUUGCAUUUUUCUGCGGGCACGGAUACAACUACCAUCAAUUACGAAUAA